GCUGCCUGCGGUGCUUCGUCUCGGGGUCUCCCGCCGCUCAGCUACGCGGAGGGGGAGGCAAGACAUCGGCAGCGGCUUUGCGAUGCUGCGCGAUUCUGGAUGCGAUCCGAUGGUUUUAAAAGCGUGUCAGGCGCGUGACGCCGGUGCACGUCGCGUUUCAUUGAGUCACCGAACUGCAUCGUGUGGAAUUACGAUUCAUUCGCGUAAUCGGAGAGGUUAUAUAGUACGGGGGUGAAGACGGACAAACAAACUAUAGAGUAAGUUCUUCAAACAAAAGGUAUAAAGCAAACUUUUAUAUUCUUUUUCUCCUUUUAUCUUUACUCUGGGCUGCAUCACAAGUGGCAUCAUCUACGUAAACUCCAACAACCGGAUAUCAUGCUGCUGCACCUGAAAGCGCUGGUGAUGCUCGCCGUCCUGUGUGCCCCCACCUACGGCCUCUGCUUCAGGCUCUACGACAGCGACUCCAGCCUCCUGUGCGACAACGACGUCCUUUCGGGGACUAAAAAGGGCGACCUGUCCCGGGACUCGCUGCCGGACGCUCGGGGCUUUCUCUACCUGCCCGGGUACUGGCCGCCUUCUGCCGAGAGUCGGGAGAAAAGGACGUUUCCUGCUUCUAGCUACAGGUACCUGAGCCAGACGCAGCUGAGGGGUAAGAUGUACCAGAACAGCGCCAAGAGCGACCGACAAGCCAAGUUCACUCUCUCCCUGGACGUGCCGACCAACAUCAUGAACAUCCUUUUCAACAUCGCCAAAGCCAAGAGCCUCCGCGCCAAGGCGGCAGACAACGCGCGUCUCAUGGCACAAAUCGGGAAAAGAAAGUGAAGUCCCAGCCCCACCGGCGGUGUGUAUCUAUCCGUUUUGUUAUGCUGAGUCCAUGUGCUCAGAACAUAUCCUCAAUACGUGUUAAGUGUCUAUUUUCCGGACAUAAUAUGAGUCUGGUGAUAAAAAAAGAAAGAAACCCGCAGGACUACUGAAGCAUAAGGAUUACUGUACCUGCUAUAUGUGCAAAUAAUGAAUGCGUUGCCAUUUAUAAUGUAUAAAUACGUACCACUUCAAAUCAGCAGAUACCCCGUGUCCUGUGGAUUUUAUUUACAGCUUUAACAAUCUGAUUUAUACCGGUCUGUUUUCCCUCUGGAUGUAAACAGCACGUUAUUUUAAUGGUCAAGGAGGCUUAGAAGCUUAAAUCCAAUAAACCCCUUAAAUUUCACAGUGCUUACGCCAAUGACGAUCGGUUGACUUAAUGUUUGUGAAGAUGCUUAAUUGCUGAAAAGACAUCUGAACAUUAAAAAUGCCACACUGUUUAAUGCUGUCUAAAAUGCAUUUAUUCACUUUGUGAUCAUGAUACUGUUGAUGACGCAUUACGUGUGUAUAUUAACUCAGUUUUAAAACUUUGUAAAAAUCGAUUUUGGUGGCUGUUUAAUAAACUAUAAACGCACAGCAGACAAAUAAAUCCAUAUACUUGCUUAUGUAUCAUAUAUGGCACUAGAUAAUGUUCUGCCUUCAGAUUCUGACAUUUAUUUUUGUACUGAAAGGGACUGUGUUUCUCUAAUAAA